AUGAAAGCAGCUGCCUUACUGCUCAGCAUUCUACUUCUUGCCUUCUCGACAGUCAUCGCCAAGAAGGUAUUCAAGAUGUUGCUGCUCGGUGUUUGCACAAGCCACCCGGGGAUGGACUGUGCCGCUGCUGCUGCUGCUGCUCUUGCUGAGCUCCAGCUGCAGCAAGGAGAUGAGGUUGCACUGCUUGCUGCAUUACCCCAGCUUAACGUAGCUACAGUGCUGGAUAUCCGGGUGAUCACAAAUGAAGAAAACUGA